ACAAGACCCCACUGCUCAAAAUAAUUUAGAAAUUUGUUCCCAAAGUAUUUUUUUGUGGAAUCCUAAUGACCCUAAUGAUACUAAUGAUAUUACUAUGCUAGUAAAUACUGUAGUAGACCCCUCAUCCGAACCUAUCAACACGGAUACCCUCUUGGAUACCUUUUUAACUGAAGAACCAGAAAUUGACCCAACCUCAACUACCACUCCUCCCAAACCAGAAACUGAACCAGACACUGAAGUUUACCAAAAAGUUCAAGACGAAUUAACCUAA